AUGUCCGUCAACGUGCUCAAGGCCCGCCUCAGGUCACAAUACCGCUACUUCCUGCCGUUCAGGCUGCGCUGGGCUGAUAACGACCAGUAUGGCCAUGUGAACAACUCUGUGUACAACUACCUCAUUGACUCCGUUGUAAACACAUACCUCAUCGAGCACUGCGGUCUGAAGCCGACCGACCCGAAUCCAUCGGAGCCGAUCGGCCUCGUUGUUGCCAGCAACUGCAACUACUUCUCAUCGCUCGAGUUCCCGGGAGUCGUUGACCUCGGUCUCCGCGUUAGCAAGCUCGGCAAGAGCUCCGUCACCUACGAGGUCGGCUUCUUCAAGGAGGGCGUCGACUCGGUCUCGGCCGUUGGAGGAUUCACGCACGUCUUUGUCCACCCCACGGAGCGCCGACCGACAGCCAUGGUCGACCAGAUGCGCAAGGGCCUCGAGAAGCUCUACGUCGAGGAGGCGAAGCUCUAA